AAGUAUUCCCUUCUACCGCUGUAUAGCGUGGCAGCGACAUCAGCUACGGUACUAGCGGCGUUAGUUUCGAAACGGCAAUGUGCCGUUGCGCGUCUGAUCGGCGCCAUCGAUGACGUGCUCUUGUGAGUGUAGACCGGGCGAAUUUUGAUCCGACUCGCCGGUUUUUGCGUAUAGUGUAGUGGUAGUGCUGUUCAAUAAUUUUCGUUGUGCGUUUUUUUUGUGUGUGUGUUUCUUUUUUAUGUCGCUGUGGCAUUUACAAUUGUUAUCGUUUUUUUAAAUACGGUGAUCGUCUCAAUCGAGAUGUCGGUAUGAAGGGAACGACUAUUGUUAGGAAAUAAAUAGUCGGGUGUCAUGUGGCCUCGUGGACCGGGGCCACCGUGGAUGCUGAUCGCGUUAACGGUGACUGUGUUAAUCGCCGUCUUCUUAACGCGACCGGUCUACGCGGAAAAAAACAAGUUCUAUGAAAUGAAAACAGUUUGCAAAGCACAUUUUCUACAACAGGUUUAUAGAAAAAUUGAUGGUGCAGUGUUGGAUUCACAAAACGAGCGAAAUCUUGACUGUGUAACUACAUUUCAAACACAUUCUGUAUUACAGAGGUUUAUGAUGCACUUUGAUAGAUUACAAUUGGACUGUAACGAUCAUCUGUAUAUUUAUGAUGGAGCACACGCUGUUGGAGCUUUUAAGGCCGACAUAACUUGCAGCAAUACGAAGCAGUCCGUCGGUGUGAUAUUCACACGAACGAAUUUUGUCACGCUCAAGUACGUGACAGACGGUUGGGGAACGCGUUCCAACGGAUUUAGAUUAAUUGUGACGGCAUUCAAAGACCCAUUUUCAUUGGUUGCAGUCCACAAUUGUAGGGAAUUCAAAUGUCACACACAUUUACAUUGCAUAUCUGAAGACUUAGUAUGUGAUACAAUAAGCCAUUGCCCCGAUGGUUCAGACGAAGAGACUACUCCCACUUGUCAAGGCACAACGUCACAAACGAUAUUGGGCAUUAAUUUCACUGCAUUAGCAGUGGCUACACUCGUUGUCUUGUCUAUAUUGGGUGUAUGUGUCAUCAUAUUGACUGUUUACUGUAUAUGUUAUCGGACGUCUAACAGAUCAAUAUCGACGUCAAGACAUAACGUUCAAGAUACGACUAACAAUUUCCAAUUGAUUGGUGUGAAUGGAACUGGACGGUCGGGAAACUGGCACCACCCUGCGGGACAACUGCUAGGGUACAGCUCGGCACGGGUCCGACUCUACUGCCAGGCAAAGUGAAAUAUACUGGCUCUGACAGCGAUAUUUCCUCGGUACAAAAAGAGGAAUGGUUCGUGUAGAGAAUGACCUAAUCCGUAGCCCAGCAGGGUGAAACCGGUAGUACCUCGCCUGGCCGGCAUUUGCAGCAUUCGGAUUGUUGCACUUCCUAUACAAAUUGACAUACACAUUUGUUUUUUUUUGCCAUAAUAACUUCAUUAAAACAAUUUUUGUAAUAUUUUUUUUUUCAAAUUAAGUGUACGCAAUUUUCAUGCACACUAGUUCAUUACUUUCGGGUCUAUACUGCAAUCAAAUUUAAUUAUUUAUCAAUUGAUAAUCAGUGUAGUAAUAUAGUUUAAUGAAAAUCAAGUGAGAUCAAUGGUAACUAUUAACUGUACAUAAUUAAAAAUUAAUCAUAAUAGUUAUCAUAUAGAAAAACAAUCCCCUAUUUUUUUAAUAUUAUUAUUUUUAUUUUAAAGUUAAAACAACUAUACAAUUCAAUGUAAACAAUUUUAUAAUUAUUUUUUAUACAAGUACUUAAUUUUUAGAAUUUCAGAUUGCAUAAUCCUAGUUAACAAAAAUAAAAAUUUAUCUUCAAUCGUCGUUCAUUUAAUAUUUUCGCUCUCCUGUUGUUCUUAAUUUUUCCUCUUUUGUAUCCUCUUACAAUUCUAAUAGCUAACCGAUGCGAUAAAUUAACAUUCAAGUUUCGUAACGAUUUUGUGAACUAAAGUGCUUCGCUCUUCAUUUUUUUCUUACUGUCAAAUUGACUUUUUAGUUGAAAAGGGUUAACAUACGCGUUAAGUAAAGAAAAACAUGUACAUGCAUAUUUAUAUACAUACAGGCUUUUCGAUUACUGUCCAAAUAAAUACAAAAUUAAAAAAAAUAAUUUUUGGUUUUUUUUAGUUAUAUAUUUUAUUUUUGUUUUUGAUUUAUCAACUAUUCAUUACUUUUUAGAAUCAUAUUUUAUAACGUUUAAGAGUGACAAAUUUAUUUCUCUAAAUGGUAAUAUACAUAUUUAAUUAACUUAUAAAAUAGAUAAUUAUCUAAUUAAGAAAGUAAAUUAAGUUUUUAAUAACAACUUUUGGACUAGUACUCAAGAUGCUAUUAUCAUUUUUAUACCUAGACGGGACGAAGAAGUGGGUGUUGCUAUUUUUAUCAUUGCUAUUUUCCUAUUUUAUAAGCUAAUUAAAUAUUUUUCCGUUAAAAAAAAUAAAAUUGAGACCACUUUAAGUUACAAGAGAUGAUUUAAAAAAAAUAAUUAUUAGCUGACAAACCAAUACUAUAUGUAACUAAAAUAAAUCAGAUUUCUUUUUCUAACGUUGUAUUUAUUUUAUGAGUAAUAGAGUGGUUUAUGAUAAAACGAUCACUGUAUAAUUUACCUCAAUUUAUAAACAAAAUUAUUUUAGUAUAUUCAUUGUAAUACAUAUUAUUAUUGAAUAUUUGUUUUCUUAUAUUAUCCAUGAGCAGUCAAUUAACUUAUUUAAUAAUAAAAUAUAUUGACUGCCCCUUUUAAUUUCACGAGACAUA